AUGGUUCUCAACGCAUCCUUUCAAGAGGCAAUCCACGUCCAGCCCCAAGGAAACAAUAAAUACAGCGCCACUCUCCGCCCGGAAUGGUGCAUCGGAACAGUUCCCCAUGGCGGCUAUACAACAUCAGUCCUGUAUAAAUUAGCCACCACGCAUUUCGCCCAUGCCCACCCAACCCAAUACUCAACGCCUGCAGCUCCUAUCUCCAUUCAACUCUCCUUCCUUAGACGCACGGCUGUUGGGCCUGUGACGUUCGAAGUCGAAGAUAUCAAGCUAGGCGCCCGCACAAGCACAAUCCACAUCAAGCUCCUCCAGCCCUCGGAGAAACAAAAAGAUCGCCUCGAGAUAAAAGUAGCGGGAUACAUAACUGUCAGCCCGCCAGAUGCAGAGGUAGGCCUCACUGCCGAGACAAGAUGGACUCCGCUCCCUGCGCCUGCGCCCGGAACCCUCCCAGGUGGAGGUAUUGAUUUCGCCAAGUUAGCCAGUACAGGAAAAGACGGUGAGUGGAUUAGGCUUAAGUCGCGGUAUCCCGAAUUCCGACUCGCAGAGGGCCAGAUCGAGAUUUAUGGGCCUGGAAAUGGAGGUGUGCAGCAGAAGCGCCAUGGGCGCAUGGCUAUUGAUCAGUGGGUGCGAUUUCAGCCGAACGGAGAUAAAGAAGGGAGAUGGACUGACCCGGCGGUUGUAUAUCUGCUUGAUAUGUUUCCUAUGGCUUUGGAUGGGCUAGAUGUUGUCGCUUCAUCUGGGGCUGCUGGAGAUACAGAGAACGCGGCCCCGGGUAAGGCGAAAAGUUGGUACCCCACUGUGACGCUGAGUCUUGAUUUGAAGAAGCGGUUGCCUCCUGGUGGGGUUGAGUGGCUGUAUAGUCGGAUUGAGACAAAGGUGGUCAAGGAUGGAAGAACCGAUUUGAAUGUUACGGUUUUGGAUCAAGAUGGAGAGGUUGUUGCGGCUGGCGCACAGGUUGGCUUGGUUGUUAGCGCGAGCCGGAAUACAGGAAAUCGGAAGGCAACCAAGCUGUAA